AUGGAGAAUCGCGAGAAAACCGGCGAGAAACGAGGCGAUUUCAUCGACUCGUUGCUCCAACUCAAGUACGGCGAACAGAAUCCUGUUUACAAAUUUGAGGGUGAAAAUCUGCUGCAUCAGUCCGGCACUUUAUUUUCCGGCUUCGAAUCGAGCAGUACCUGCAUGUCCUUCACCCUGAUGGAACUAGCGAAUUAUCCAGAGUGUCAAGACUUAGCCAGGCAGGACAUCAAUCAAGCAAUCGCCAAGCACGGCUGGUCGUACGAAGCGUUCAACGAUAUGAAGUAUCUUGAUCAAGUGAUAGCCGAAGCUCUCAGACUGCAUCCACCAGUGUCCACCAUCGACAGAUACACUCGUCAGGAUUACAGAAUUUCUGGCACCGAUAUCAUUAUCGAGAAAGGAACACCGGUAUUUAUUUCUCUGUAUGGACUCGGUGAAGAUCCAAAGUUUUGGCAUGCGCCGGAAGUAUUCAACCCUAACAGAUUCGCUGAGAAUAACCGCGACAUGAGCGUUUACCUACCGUUCGGAUUAGGUCCCAGGAUGUGCGUAGGUAAGUAG